AAUGAUAACAUCCCAUACAUGACUGAGCAGCAGCAAGGAAAAAAAAAAAGUCAGGGUUCAAAAGUCAGACGAAUUAAGAUAACAGGUUUAUCUGAAGGUCUUAAUGUGAUUCAUAAGUAGCAAUAGAUAUCUGCCACUCCACUGGUUACUGGGAUAAGGAGUCAGCUGUUGGUCUGCAGGAGUAGAGCAUCAUGGGGCAGGUGAAGCGUUACUUCAAGCGCUUCGUGGUGUUCCCUGCCAUCAUCAUCACCCUCCAGUGUCUCUACCUCCUGAGGAAGGCAGUGGAAGUUGUGAUGAGUGUCCUGCGGCCGGUGAGGCAUCCCACAGUGGUGAGGACGCCUGAGGAGUGCUUCCAGGGACUGGAGGCUAUGGGAUACAAUUUCAGGCCCAACUAUGUGGAGCUGCCUGUUGGGGGAGGCAAGAUGCUGCCCAGGGUGCACUAUAUUGAUGAAGGGCCAAGAGAUGCCGCCGAGACCAUCCUUUGCCUGCACGGGGAGCCCAGCUGGUCCUUCCUGUACCGCCACAUGGUGCCAGGGCUGGUCAGGGCCGGCUACCGUGUGGUGGUGCCAGACUUCAUAGGGUUUGGCAAGUCUGACAAGUUCACCUGUCCUGAGAGCUACAGCCAUGAGCUGCACUGCAUGACCCUGCGGCUGCUGCUGGACCACCUCAGGCUACGAGACAUCACACUGGUCUGCCAGGACUGGGGAGGCCUCACAGGUCUCCCUGUGGUCAGGGACUGCUCACACCUGUUCUCCCGUCUGGUCAUCAUGAACACUGGGUUGCCUGUGGGGGCCAGCAGGGUCGGGAAGCUCAUACAGGCAAUACCCUUCCUGCUGUGGCGUACCUUCAGCCAGCUGGUCGGCACCUCACUACCGGUGGGGCGGGUCUUCAACAUGGCCCUUGUGAACCCCCAGCCUGAUGUAGUGAAGGGGUAUGAGGCGCCCUUCCCCUCAGCCCUCUACAAGGCCGGGGCAGCACAGUGGCCUCUGCUGGUGCCUCUCACUGCCAACACACCUGUUGCUGCAGACAUGCAGGCCACCAGGGACUUUCUAGCCAAGGAGUGGAAGCGGCCAGCACUGGUGAUGUUCUCUGAUGGAGACCCCAUCACCCGGGGCCAGGAGAAAGUCUUCCUUCAUCUGAUGCCUCACGCCUGCACCAAGACUGUCCGUGGAGCAAAGCACUUCCUGCAGGAGGACAAAGGGGAGGAGCUCACAGCCCACAUUGUCAGCUUCAUUGGGGACAAGCUGUAGGCUGCAGUGGUUGUGUGUUAAGAACAUCCUGCCCAGGCACUCUCACUCUGCUUCUGUGCCCCAUGCAUCCAUUUAGCAAAUGUUCCCAUCCUAAUCUUGCACAGAAAAUAGUGAUGAUAUACAUUGGGAUUUAUUUAUAGAUGGGCAGCUUCAGUUUUCAGGUUAUUUAGACAUGAAAUCAAUAAGUGAAUAAACAUAACCACAACAUUAAUUGCUCAGAUCUUCCAGUCACACAGGGAGCACUUUUUGAGUCAGUCAGUUUUAUCUGUAUAGUUGAAUGCCUUGUAAUACCUUUAAUGUAUUAUCAUGGUUAGGAAAAAGAGAAAGAAAAAAAAAAAAAAACUGCUUACAGUGAAAACAAGGCAUAACUGUCUUCAUCCAUACUUGUUUCCUACACUGAACACAACAGGUGACAAGAAACCACAGGCAGCAGAUACAUCCUUAGUAUUCUCCAUAAAGCAAAUGAAAAAAAUGGAAAGUAAAUAAGAAUUAUAGUAAAUAAAUAAAUAGAUAUAUGCA